AUGAGUAUUUCGGCGUCUCCCGUUUCCUCAGGCCUCUCCACGGAAGAUACGACCAUUUCUACUGAUAACCGCAGCUGGUAAGUGCUUAUUGGUAAAUUAAAAAAAAAAAAAAAAAUUUUUUUUUUUAAUUUUUAAUUUUUUUCGCACCGUGCAUUCGAUUUUUUAUGCACGGUGCAAAAAUUUUCUUUUUGCGACAAAUUUUGCACAGUGCAGAAAAAAAAAUUUUUUGUUUUGUGGUUGCACUGUGCGUUUGUUUACUUUUUUGGUUGCACUGUGCAAAAAAAGUUUGGAAUGCACAGUGCAGAAAAAUUGUUUUUGUUUUGUGGUUGCACUGUGCGAUUUGUUUACUUUUUUGGUUGCACAGUGCAAAAGAAGCGAUUCAUUUUCUUCUUGCACAGUGCGAAAAAAAGCUUAUCGCGCAAAUUUUGCACAGUGCAGAAAAAAGAAGAAAUUUUUGUUUUGUGGUUGCACUGUGCGAUUUGUUUACUUUUUUGGUUGCACUGUGCAAAAGAAGCGAUUUAUUUUCUUCUUGCACAGUGCGAAAAAAAAGUUUAUCGCGCAAAUUUUGCACAGUGCAGAAAAAAAUUUUUUGUUUUGUGGUUGCACUGUGCGAUUUGUUUACUUUUUGGAUUGCACUGUGCAAAAGAAGCGAUUCAUUUUCUCUUCGCACAGUGCGAAAAUAAGUUUAUCGCGCAAAUUUUGCACAGUGCAAAAAAAAGAAAUUUUUGUUUUGUGGUUGCACCGUGCGAUUUUUUUACUUUUUCGGUUGCACAGUGCAAAAGCAGCGAUUUAUUUUCUUCUUGCACAGUGCGAAAAAAGUUUAUCGCGAAAUUUUGCACAGCGCAGAAAAAAAGAAAUUUUGUUUUGUGCUUGCACUGUGCGAUUUGUUCACUUUUUGCUUGCACAGUGCAAAAGAAGCGAUUCAUUUUCUCUUCGCACAGUGCGAAAAAAAAGUUUAUCGCGCAAAGUUUGCACAGUGCAAAAAAAUUUUUUUUUGUUUUGUGGUUGCACUGUGCGAUUUGUUUACUUUUUUCGGUUGCACAGUGCAAAAAAAAUUUUUUUCUGUAAUUCCAUUUUGCACUGUGCAAAAAAAGUUUGGAAUGCACUGUGCAAAAAAGCGAUGUUCUUCCCGCACAGUGCGAAAAAAAUUUUAUCGCGAAAUUUUGCACAGUGCAAAAAAAAUUUUUUUAUUUUGCGUUUGCACUGUGCGAUUUUUUUACUUUUUCGGUUGCACAGUGCAAAAAAUUUUUUUGUAGAAGACGUUUUCAAAAAAUUUUGAACGUCUAUUUUCGUCUAUUACAGUACUCCCACCCUCUCCGAGCGUUCAUUAUCACUGGAAUCAUUGGUCUCGCUCGAGGAGGAUGAUCUGGAGCCCGUGCCUUCGCCGAUUCGGAAGCGAAAAUUGGACAAUCUGUUGGAGAACGUCGAAGUUUGCGCGAAAAAACCGAAAUUCGCCAACGACAAGGAAAGACUGAUCAUGUAUGCACAGCUGAGUAAGUCACGAUCUUUUUUACGAGAUUUUUUGGUCAAAACACGAUAUUUUUUUGGUUUUUCUUUGCAAAUUAUACGGAUUUCAAAAGUCAAACUGAACGUAGCGAUCCUAUAAAAUUUAAAAAGCUAAAUUUUACAAUUCUCCGCCAGAUUUUAGAGAUUUUUUGUUUUGCAGGCUGCGAGUGCCAAAUUAUACGAUAAGUCUGAAAGUGAUUUUUUCAGCUGUAUAUUGCAAUAAAAAGUAAUUUGGCCUGCAUCUUACACUUUAUACUAUAUAUGAAACGUUUUGAAAAAAAAAUGGUUUCAUUUUAUACGAUGAAACCUGCUGCGAGAAAUAAAAUUGAAAUAAGUCGCGAGCUGCGCCCUAAAUCACCUGUGAUGCAUAAAAUAAAUUAUAAUGAGGUUAUACGGGUAUAAUACAUCGUUUUCCACCUUUGCCAUUUUAUACGAUCAAACGUAUGCAACGUUUUUUGGAAAAAUUAAUUUCGCGAGCUGCGCCCUACAAGGUGACUUUAAAAUUGAAGAAAAACUUAUUUCAAGCUCUGCAAAAUACGGUUAAAACCCAUUUUUCGUUUUUAGUCAACAACUGGUACUCCGAAAUCACCUGGCAAAUCGAGAGGUUCGGCGAGAAGUACGAAGUGCCGGACCUCCAUUUGCCCAAGGCCCUGGAAUGCAACGCCAUGGCCAAUGCGCUGCCCUCCUACUCGAUCAACCCCAUUUGCCCGUCGAAUUGUUGGAGGUCGCGGAAGAACGCGCAAUGGAUCCAUUUCGAGAAGAUUAUCAACGAAUUGGUGGAUCAGCGAAGAAUCGAGCUGAAUAAACAACAAGCGGCUGCUAUUAAUGUAAGGGUUUGGGGGUAGUUGGGGUGGCAAAAGAAUUUUACAGCUCAGAGAUAUCGUAUUUUACAAAUUUAGUUGAAAAAUCGGUAGAGAAUUUUGAAAUUUCGCCAAAAAAUUGACAUUUUUCGAUUUUUUUUGGACUUGGUCCAAUUUAAACGCUGAUAUCUCGCUGAUUUCUGAACUACAGUGUCUCAAACUGUUCCUAGUAUCUAAAGAGCAUGCAUUCUUUCUAUUGAGACAGUUUUAUCCAUAUCUGUUUCUAAAAUGUUGCGGUUUUUUGAGUUGACAUUAGACUUGAUGUCUACUACAAUAUACCUCCGAGAUCUCCGCGAAACCUCCUCUGAAUUACAAGAUCUCUCGGUUGCUAAUAGCUUAUUCUUCUAGCAGCAUUUUAAGACUAAAUUUUCAUCUAUUCAUCAAGCCCCUUUUGUAUAGCAAACCGAUUUUCCCGACCCCCCACCUUUAUGGCAAGUACAAUAUAUAGGUUGAUGCAAAAGGAAUUGCGGAUUUUUUAAUUUAUUCGUAUUUUUUUAUAGGAUAGCUCAAUUCAAAAAUGGAAAAAGGUAUAUAGUAGUAAAUUUUAAGAGGAUUUUUCUGUAUAUGUGCUAUUCUUAUGAAAGUUAUCAAACGUUACCAUAAGUUACCACGAAAGUACCCUAAACAUGUUAGUAUAUUUUAAACCAAUUUUUUUACAUAUUGUUUUGCGGCUUUAUCCAUUUUUGAAAAUAUUUUGAUAAAAUACGUUAUAUUCUAUCAAAAAACAAAAAAAAACCCCCAUUUUUGGCAAAGCGUUAAAACGCUAUCCCAAAAAUUCAAAUUUCAGCAAAUUUUACAAAUCGUGUCAUAUCUUUUUUUAAUAAGUCCAAAAUAAAAAAUUCUUUUUGCUUUCGAUUAGUAACAACAUUUUUAAGAUUUUUGUGACAAAAAACAUCAAAAUCAAAAAAAUUUAUUUUUUUGACAUUUUUUGACCAAAAAAUUAAAUUCAAGAUUUUGAUGUCUUUUUUUCACGAAAGCCUUAAAAAUGUUGUUACUAAUCGAAAGCAAAAAGAAUUUUUUAUUUUGGACUUAUUAAAAAAAAGAUAUGACACGAUUUGUAAAAUUUGCUGAAAUUUGAAUUUUUGGGAUAGCGUUUUAACGCUUUGCCAAAAAUGGGGGUUUUUUUUUGUUUUUUGAUAGAAUAUAACGUAUUUUAUCAAAAUAUUUUCAAAAAUGGAUAAAGCCGCAAAACAAUAUGUAAAAAAAUUGGUUUAAAAUAUACUAACAUGUUUAGGGUACUUUCGUGGUAACUUAUGGCAACGUUUGAUAACUUUCAUAAGAAUAGCACAUAUACAGAAAAAAUCCUCUUAAAAUUUACUACUAUAUACCUUUUUCCAUUUUUGAAUUGAGCUAUCCUAUAAAAAAAUACGAAUAAAUUAAAAAAUCCGCAAUUCCUUUUGCAUCAACCUAAUAAAUCUAUCGCUGAAACGAUUGCAGAUCAAAAAAGUGCUUCACGAAGACGACUGUGAGACCUGCGAUGACCUGCAAUUCCUCCUCUAUCAACGUGCAAUGGACGUUUGGCGACGUGUUCAGACGCGGGCCCGAAAACUGAAAGACGUCAGUCAGCACAAGUUCAGUUGGGUAAAAUCGACCGAAAAGAACCUGGAGCUGGCCGUUUUUCCGAUUCAAGAGUAUGGCCAAUUGGCCUGUGAGACUCCACCGCUCCCCUAUGUCCAUCGGUUCCGCGAGUUUCACGCCAAUUGGGAAUGA